AGUCGGCGUUCCUCGUGUCUCAGGAUGCGCGAUUUUCUCCGGGACCUUUAUGUUACACGUGUAUAUGUCCAACUCCUGAGAAAGAAGGGAGCUCGUAAAUUAUGUAUCUAAUUCUGCUGAGCAGAAAUACUUUCGGGUGUUGAGUUUAGACAAAAUCUCAUGCGCAACGCAAUUUCAGUUUCGACUCAUAACGCACGCUUGUUUCGGAUCGACUGAGCUGAGAGGGGGGCAUCGACUUUGAACGAUGCGCACGCUAAUUUGAUGAACUUUUCAAAAUCUUCGAUCAGUUUUCAGUGGAAGCUUGGAGCCUUUAAAACGUUUAAAUAGAAAGACUGUCAAGUUCACCUGAAGAAGCCGUACCUUUGCCGCCACUGAUUGUCGUAAUGCGCAUUCCAAUAGAUCCCAGCACCAGCCGGAGGUUCAGUCCGCCGUCCAGCAGUCUUCAACCGGUUCCCGGAAAAGUGACUGAUGUGAGUACGACUACCGCGCAGCAAGAGGCGAGCACCGCAGUACCGAGACUCCGACCACACGAUAACAGAACGAUGGUGGAAAUCAUCGCUGAUCACCCCGCAGAACUGGUGCGAACGGAUAGUCCAAAUUUCUUAUGUUCUGUCCUGCCAUCUCACUGGAGAUGUAACAAAACUCUACCGGUAGCCUUUAAGGUUGUUGCACUAGGGGAUGUUCCUGAUGGGACAGUGGUGACAGUUAUGGCAGGUAACGAUGAGAACUACUCCGCAGAGCUGCGCAAUGCCUCUGCAGUUAUGAAGAACCAAGUGGCCCGCUUCAAUGACCUGAGGUUCGUAGGCAGGAGUGGACGAGGAAAAAGCUUCACUCUGACAAUCACAGUAUUCACAAACCCACCCCAAGUGGCUACUUACCACCGAGCCAUAAAGGUCACUGUGGACGGACCACGCGAGCCAAGAAGACACCGGCAGAAGCUGGAGGAGCCACCGAAGCCUGGCCUCUUCUCUGAGCGCCUGAGCGAGCUUGAACGCCUACGGCAAACCACCAUGCGGGUCGCCGUGCCGACACAGAGCCCACGGCCCACACUCAACACAGCUGCCAACUCCUUCAGCCCACAGGGACAGACACAGAUCUCAGACCCACGGCAAACACAGUCAUCGCCACCAUGGUCGUAUGAGCAGCCGUACACGCCCUACCUGAGCCAGAUGACCUCCCCAUCCAUCCACUCAACCACCCCACUUUCCUCCACCCGAGCCACAGGCCUGCCAGCCAUCAGUGAUGUGCCAAGACGCCUCCCAGGUACGUCUGAUCUGAGCCAUUUUGCGGCCGACCCACGCCAGUUCGAGCGGCAGUUUCCCAGCCUGUCGUCCCUGACAGAAAGCCGCUUCCCUGGCCCUCGCAUGCACUAUCCAGCAACGUUCACUUACACACCGACCCCUGCCACGUCUGCCAUGACCCUAGGCAUGUCCACCACCACCCACUACCACACCUACCUGCCUCCACCCUAUCCCGGCUCCACCCAGAACCAGAGCGGCCCCUUCCAGACCAGCAGCACCCCUUACCUUUACUACGGUGCCUCCUCUGGUUCAUACCAGUUCUCCAUGGUACCCGGAGGGGAGCGCUCGCCCUCACGGAUGCCACCUGCCUGCACCAGCGCCUCCUCGGGCAGCUCUCUGAUCAACCCCAACCUGGGUGGCCAGAGUGAGGCCGGUGAGGCAGAUGGCAGCCACAGCAGCUCACCCACUGUGCUCAACUCCAGCGGUAGGAUGGACGAGUCCGUGUGGCGACCAUACUGAGAGCACCCUAACUAACCUUGAAGGACCUGUUAGGGAGCUAAGUUCAGUGAUGUGUGUCUUUACAGAGGUGGUCUCUCAAGCACAAAAAAAGGUUUGUGAGGAAUGCUACCACACACAAAGCAGUGUAUCUUUAAUUUACAGAGUGCCGUUACAGGGAAUGAAACAAGGCAUUAUUGUGAGCUAUCUGACAUUCCACUGCAGAACCAGUGAUAGCUGUGCACACACUCCAUCACUGAGUUUUAACUGGCAUAUCAAAGAACUUCUAUUGUAUUAGGUCUUGUCUUCCAGACUAUUGACUGAGAUUAUUUUCAUACUAACUCAGUAUAAUAUAGCAUUUUUUUAACACUGAACAUCUUUUGGUUUGUUUUAUUUAUGCGUGAAAGGUCAGCUAUUUUAGGCAGUACCUGUUGACAUUGUAUAUACCCUUCUUAAUUUAUGUAUAAAAUUGUAGCAGAUGUGGUACUGAAUAAGAAACGAUAUAAGCCAUAUAAACCUAAAUUAUGCAAAGUGGUUAAUGGGACAAAAUUUUAAACGCUUGAAUAUUUUGGAGACAAUUAAUAACUUAACUGUAUAUUUACUCAUUAGUAAUUUAAAAUAUGUUUUAUCAUUAUUCUAAAAGACAAUCAAAUAUUCAAUAUGUAAAGAAUGAAGGAAAGAGACUAUGUAGGCAGACUCUGUUGUCAGAUGAAAUGUAUUUCAGUUGUUUUGGGAUUUUAAUCCUUAGAAAGCAGUGGAAUUGGGGAAGGAAGGCUGGGGUAAAAAUGCAGAGCACUUACAAAAGACACCAAGAUCUGAAGUGAGGGAACUGUUUAUUUACACGUAUGUGGUAUAUUCCACUCUCAGUUCUUUUCCUGACUUUAUCCAAUGUUUAUCAAGUUAAUUUAUUUUAAAUGUCUUUUUCUAUUUAAUGGUGUUGUUGAUUAAGACCAACAGCAUGCAGCAGGGGCCUCAGUCUUCCCGCGUUUGCGUGGAACUGUGUUCACAUCUGAGUGCCUAUUAACACUACAGUUAAUGUUCUUCUUCAGUUUACAUCAGUCCUGCCCUUAUGAAUGCAAUAAGUCUUUUAGUCUUAUAGACUCAGCACAUGUACACAAUUCAUCUAUGUGAUCAACCUUUAAUUCUUAAACUGGACUAUUAACUGUGUACUUGUAAAGUCAGGUGAGCACUAAGCAAAAAAGGUAGACCUGCUAGAAAUCUGCAAACUCCGAAAUGGUUUUCAGUGAUUUUGUGUCUCUGAUGUCUCUUUGCAACGCUUUUCUGCAUCUCAGAAAUGUAACUUUGUGGUGUCAAGUAAAAUGUGUUUCAGAUAUUCCAGGUCAUUCAUUUGAAGAUGCAUAAGGGGAGAAAUUAGGCCUGUUUUAGAUAUGAAGAUUUGAAGAUGUUAUAUUUCAUAAUGCAGACUUUUUAGUUAAAACAUGCAGACAUACAGGCCUUUUUCAAUUAUCUAAAAUACUUAAUACCAUUAAUUUACAUAAAGACCAUCUGUCAUUUCUUUUUCUAAUUGUGGAUUUAUUUAUUGCUUGACGAACCAAAAUGUGUCAAGAUAGAUUUCUUACUAAGAGAUCUGCAAGAAAGAAAUGUCACCAGCUUUAUAUUUGUAAAGGUGUAAUUUUUUACAAGUUUUAAUCAAGGUCCUUGGAUAUGUAUGUGUAUGUUUUUGGAUUCAGGCAACAUGUGGUACUUCAUACUUAAUUGUAACUUAAGAGGCUGCAGGCAGCACCCUGGGAAACCAAUGUUUUUGUUUUGUUUUCUGUUUUGUUUUGUUUUUCUUAUUUUAUCUGAAGCAAAGCACUUCUUUUAUUUUCUUUUUGCUUUUUGUUUUAAUUUUUUUUAAAUCAAUGAAGCCUAAAUGGUUUGAGAAAAAAGGAGGCUAUCCAGCUGAACAGCUGAACAUCACAUGGUUCUGAAUGGUCAGAAUAGUAGUCUGCAUAGCAGAGCCGGUACUGGCUGCAGUGAAGACACACUGCCCCAGAGUGACCACAUGCCUUUCCAGCAUCUGCCAUUCACUUCGAGUCCUUGUUUUCUUUAAUUGUUGUCUUUUGGCUGUGAGAAGAGCAAACAUGUUUACAAUAUGGCAAGAAAUCUUUAAGAGCCUGUGCACUGUUAUUAUUUGUAAUAACUGCUUUACGGCAGAGUUUAGAGUUUAUAACCAAAAAACUAAUGACUUGGUCUGUCUGAAUUAUAUGUUUUGGUUACAUCUCAAAGCCAAAGUCUUAUGAGUGAUUUUGGACAGUAAAGGGUUUGCGUCAAACAGCUGAAAAAUACAUAGCUCAGUCAGUGUCCUGAGUUUUAUAAAUGGCUUAUGGGGAAAGUUCAUAAGAGACUGUGGUCUACAAACUCACUGCUGAAUUUCACUCCCCAAUUUUUUAAUAUAUAUAUUUUCAAGUGAUUGGUGGGGUUCACAACUUCAAGGUCCUCGUGGGUCACUUAUGUUUCAUAAAUAACCAAAUAAGAAUUUUCCCUUCAAACUAAGGAAGAUAAGAAAAUGCUUGUAAGCUGGGAGAAGUUGAUGACCUUAAAGAAAUUGUGCUAUUAUUUCUAGAUCAUCUACAAAUUUAAAUCUUUAGCUAUUUUUUGAUUGUAGAGAAUUCAGCAGCAAGUUUAAACCAGCCAGCAUUGAACAGCAAAUGCCUCUACACAGUAUCUUUUACUUCUCUAACAUCAUGUUAGAACAUGUCAAUCAAAUACAUUGUUUUGUAUGUAUUAUUCUGGAAAUAAAUGUACAUUGUUUUGAAUAAUAUUCAUAAAUGUUAAGUUUGUAAACUGCUGCAGAACAUUUUUGUUUACUUUCAAGAUUGCUUUCUAUGCACAUACUGUACAGAUUGUUGUUUAGUUGGUCAGUCAUCCUGGUUUGCUCUCUCACAUAAUUUGUUGGUUUGAUUUAAUUGCGAAACUUUCAGCAGUUUCUGUGGGACUAACAAUCUUGUAAAAAUCAUGAGAUUGUUGAACAUUUCUAAUGAUUAUAUCAUUGGUCUUGGAGAAUAAAAAAUGAAUUUUGUUAAAA